UAGGGAGAUAGUAAGGAUGGAAACCUGGUCCGGUACCCAGGCAGGAGAUACUUCUGGAAGCACCGUGGCUGCGGGUGGGAUCCUCCACAGCAGGCUGCGUGUCCACCCGUGGGACAGUUCUGGAAAGGUAGUCAACAGUGGAAGAGAGCGGUUGAGGCCAAACUAGGGCUUCCCUUUGGGCAGGGAGCUCAGUCGGAGAUACAGGGGGACUAGGGUGUUGGUCCCAAACCUGCCACCAACUGUGACAUCCUAGUCAAUAAAUUCAUUCUCAGGAUCUGUUUCCACCUGGGGAAAGGAAAGGGGGAAGGGUGGAAAUGAAGCUCUCUCUAGCUCCUCGCUGCCUUUGAAGACAGGAAGACUAUCUAUUAUUUAUGGCCCGUUGCUAUGGAGCUCAUAUGGGAAAAAGGUGGCUGGGCUGGGAAAGGAAUCUGUAAGAAGUGUGGCCUGUGGCCCGGGGAAAGACCCCUGGGCUCUGAGUGAAGUAUUUGGGGCAAAGAAUGCCUACCAAGGCCCACGGGCAUAAGGGAAUAUUCUGUACUAAGACAAUGAGCCCUGGAAAGGCUCCUGAGGUGGUGGGUAUGGCUGGUAGGUCGAGUGGCCUGUGUGGAUCUGUCUGUGGGCUGGCUGAGCCAGGCCUGCCUCUGCCCCAGCCACACAUGUUGAUUGAGUCAUCUUUCAGGGAGGAAUGUGGGACAUGACUGUCAAACACAUCUGCAUGAGCAUGGAGGAGAGGGAACAUUGCUGCCUCCGGCCUGGGAGCAGGACCGGCUUAAGACAGACAGCUGUGGCUGGCAGCCCCCGGGAGAACAGGUGUUAAAAAGUGAUGUGGUUGGGGCUUCCACAUGGGCCAGACCUACAUGAGAUUUAUCACGUGAGGAUGCCGGGCUGGAGCCUAUCAGCUGAAUGAGGCCGGACGGGGGUCUGUCAGAUGAGCCCUAGGACCAUGAAUAGUACAACUUGUAACAGCACCCUCAUGUGGCCUGUCUUCGUCAACAACAUCUUCAUCAUCUACUCCGCCUUGCUGCUGGUGCUGGGCCUGCUGCUCAACAGCCUGGCGCUCUGGGUAUUCUGCUUUCGCAUGCGCCAGUGGACAGAGACCCGUGUCUAUAUGACCAACCUGGCUGUGGCCGACCUCUGCCUGCUCUGCUCCUUGCCGUUCAUGCUGUACUCCCUGAAAUACAGUUCUUCAGACACGCCCAUCUGCCAGCUCUCACAGGGCAUCUACCUGGUCAACAGGUACAUGAGUAUAAGCUUGGUCACCGCCAUUGCCGUGGACCGCUAUGUGGCAGUGCGGCAUCCCCUGCGUGCCCGUGAGCUGCGGUCCCCGAGGCAGGCUGCGGUGGUGUGUGUGGCCCUCUGGGUGAUAGUGGUCGCCUCCCUGGUGGUGCGCUGGCACCUGGGGAUGCAGGAGGGUGGCUUCUGCUUCAGCAGCCAAGGCCGGCGCAACUUCAGCACCACCACCUUCUCGCUACUGGGAUUCUACCUGCCACUGGCCAUCGUGGUCUUCUGCUCUUUGCAGGUGGUGACUGUGCUGGCGAGAAGGCCAGCCACUGAUGUGGGGCAGGCGGAGGCCACCCGAAAGGCCACCCACAUGGUCUGGGCCAACUUGGCUGUGUUUAUCAUCUGCUUCCUGCCCCUGCAUGUGGUCCUGACAGUGCAGGUCUCCCUGAACCUCAACACCUGUGCUGCCCGCGGCACCUUCGCCCGAGCCCUGUCCAUCACAGCCAAACUCUCAGAUACCAACUGCUGCCUGGAUGCCGUCUGUUACUACUACAUGGCUAAAGAGUUCCAGGAAGCAUCUAUGCCGGCCACGUCCUCCAAGACACCCCACAAGAGCCAAGAUUCUCAGAGCCUGAGUCUCACCUAGAAGUGAGCAUGUGCCAAGGGCUAGAGGAACCUGUGAUAUGAGCAAGGAGGCCCCAAAUCGGCCUGAACCUGCUGUGGGGUUUGAGCACUCUAGGAGACCCAGUUGGCCUAGAGAGGCUGUGUCUUGCUUCCCUGAGAGAACCAGAGGACUGAGACUCUAACGUCCGACUUGAGAGACCCUGGAACAAGACCACAUACCCGCCACCCCAGCUCUAGAACCUCUGGGCACCAGAAUAGGGCCUUGAUGGCUAGCCACUGAGUUUAGGAUGCAACUCUCCCCUGCCAGAGUUGGUCCUGGCAAAGUCCUCUGUCACUCAGAUGCAAGCAAUGAGAGGCGAAGAAGGGACAUACAGCUCAGAGAGCCAGGAGACAUCUUCCCAGGGGACCCUCUAAUGGCCGCUUCCUUUUGGGACCUCUAAACUUCUACAUGCCACAUGUAGGGUUAGGGAAAAGGGCAGUGGCUGUGACCUGGUAAAGCUGUCCUCCAAGGCCCAUGGCUGUCAGUGUUGCUCCAGCUCUGUAUUCUGAGGAGACCUGAUGGUCAUGAAGUCAUGCUCAGCAGUUACACUGCCAUCCCGAGCCUCUUGCUAGUAUUUCCAGUCUGUCGUGGGCCUGUUGGUCACUAAGGCCAGUGGCUGUGGUCUGCUGGAGUUUGUCAUGGGGAAGAUUGACAUUGGGUUUGGUACCUGCACUCUCUGAGGAUCUGGCUCCAGGCUGUGAGGGGCUCUGGAGUAAAAGAUCAGCCACAAAGCCAGCUCUGAGCCAGGCAGAGCACAUUUGGAGGUGUGGCAGCCCUGGGCUUCUCCCUCUGUGCUUUGGUUUUUUUUUUUUUUUUUUUUUUUUUUUUUUUUUUUUUUUUUUUUUUUUUUUUUUUUUUUUUUUUUUGUCUUGGCCCAAAUGCUACAGCUAUACCUGGAGCCAGAGCCCCUCCAGCUCAGGGGAGGGGGGAACUGUCUUUCCCCACUCUCCACCCGUACUUUAUCCAAGGCCUACUGCCUAACUGACCCGCCCCCCUUUUUUUGUAUGACCUUUUCUACAAAAGCCAACAAUCUGUCAUCGUCCAGACACCAAAGAAAAGAUUCCAUUCAAUUAUAAAUUGGUGAGCCGGUUUACUGGAGUUACUUACAAAAGCAUGGUGACUCUUGGGUGCUCCCCAAGAGCUGUGAAGUCCCAGUCACCAUAGGUGACAGUCCCCAAACUGCACCACUAGAUUGCCAAUCCCCAGUAAACUUCCACCACGUGCACACCCAGACACCAGCUCCAGAGGGAGCUGCGGUUGCCACCUCAGGUAUGCUGACCUUCCUCUCCCUGUCAGAGAAUGCUAACAGCUUCAUGAUCAUCAGUCUAUUCACCACAGUAGUAUUUCACUUGUUUCAUUGGCAUGACUGUGGGCCAAGGGGUCCAGUGGAUCAGGACAGCGCUUUUCCUGUCCACUGCUGCUGAUCAUCCUAAGCCAGAGGAAAUGGCUUCUCUGCCACACUCACCCACUCUCCCUCCAGUUCUCACAUCCCCUCCACCCUUUUUCCUGCAGUAUUAUCUGAACCUUCACCUUGGAAGGGAUGGUAUAUCUAUAUAAUAUCAAAAUAUAGGAUAUACACAUAUGUGCCUAUGUUUCUUUUCUGAGUCUUAUGCCUCUAGACAACAACAGGGUUAGAGCAGCCAAAGCAAUGUGAAACACGAGCAAUGUGACACAGUUUGGGGUCACUGGUGGGCACAAUCAAAUCAUUGUUUAGAUCUUGUAUUUUUAAUCUCUGUAGAAAAUUUGAGUCUUCUAGGAUACAGAUGUUUCAGAGAAGACUCAAUUGUGAGAUGGGGAUUUCAGCAAAUCCCUAUCACACCAGGUCCAAAUCUCCCCAGUCACUGGCCACAAGAUAGUUUUGUGGUCCUUAGGGAGGGUUUGUGGCCCUCCACAGCAAGAAAUACUUGUUAAAAAGACAUUAAAGCAUGUACCAUUAUCUUCCAGGAACCCCUCCCCCAGCCCCCAAGAUUUCUGGGACCACAGCUCUCAGGAAGGAGUUCAGGUGGGGGACUUGAGUGCAGUGUGAGAUCUGGAAGGCCUUACAAAAAAGGAUAUAAAGUAUGUGAGAAAUACCUGUUAGUGAAGCCAAGAUGGCUGGAACAGCUUUACCCACCACCAAGGCCUGCUAGAACUGGAUGAAGCUCCAGGAGCAGGCGCAGAAGCAUUCCAGAACACUCAAAAGUGACCUGUAGGGUCUGGAGAUGGCUCAGCGGUUAAGAGCACUGACUGCUCAUCCAGAGGUCCCAAGUUCAAUUCCCAGAAACUACAUGGUGGCUCACAGCCAUCUGUAAUGGGGUCUGAUGUCCUCUUCUGGUGUGCCCGAAGAGAGUGACAGUGCGUGCAGAUAUUAAAUCUUAAAAAGUGACCUGUAAACUCAUUAUGAACUAUAUGUAACAUGUUGCAUAGAGAAAGCCUGUGCUGUACAAAUAAACUACAAAGAGAGUGC